CAAUCUCUUUCUGCAUUAUAUGCGUACCCCCUUCCCCCAUCAAUGACAGACAGCAGCUGGGGUUAGAUUGCCUGCGGCUGCAGCAAUCCUGUUUUCUCCCAUCAGCAUCACAGAAGCUGCCACUUUAACCAGCUGUUGCGUUUCCUCCAAUCCAUUGAAGCAGCUGUGAUCCAGACCGUGUUUUUCCAUUCUGUGUCUGCAUGUUCCUUUCUCUCGCACACUGGCUCAUUCUUCUUUCUCUGCUCUGCAUUGCUGUGGAGCACACAUAAGCCAGUACUGGGGAGUGUGGAGUAGAGAGAGCAGGCAACAGACGGGCAGAAGAAGGGACUGUGUCUGCUCUUUUCUGGCAAAGUGGAACCUGCUGAUGUGUUGACACACAGCCAAGGGCUCACACCUGAAAAACAGCCAAGGGCUCACACCUGGAAAGUCACACCUGGGGUCAGCACCAUACAGAAAGACAGGACACAUAUGGAUCUUUCUGAGAGAGAAGAUUAUUGCCAUGUACUGCGGAAUGGAGGGAUACCCUAAAACCAGCCAGGUUGUGACUUCACAUUCUCACAUUCAGUGACACCUUAACUUCUGCUUUGCAAUGGGCUCAUGGCUGGUGGACUCCAACCUGGACACCAGGAUGGGUACAGCCUGUUUCCUGCUUGUCAGUGGCUUUCUCAGCUUGCAGCUUCCUCCCUCUGGAUGCCAACAAAGUUCGGGGCCAGUGAACCCCUUCCCAAUGCCAAUGCCAGGCUCGGCAGGCUUAGGAGGUCAAGGAGGAGAACUACUGCCACAUUUUCUGAUAGAGCCUGAGAGUGUCUACAUUGUAAAGAAUAAGCCAGUGACUUUGAACUGUAAAGCAACACCAGCCACACAGAUUUACUUCAAGUGCAAUGGGGAGUGGGUGCACCAGACAGACCAUGUCAUCCAACACAGCACAGACCGCAGCACUGGGCUGCCUGUCAUGGAAGUGAGGAUUGAUAUCUCACGUCAGCAGGUGGAGAAGAUCUUUGGCAUGGAUGAAUAUUGGUGCCAUUGUGUAGCCUGGAGCUCUUCUGGUACCUUGAAGAGUCAGAAAGCCUUUGUCCGCAUUGCAUACCUCAGGAAAAAUUUUGAACAAGAACCAUUGUCAAGAGAAGUGUCCCUGGAUCAGGAGGUGACACUGCUUUGUCAGCCCCCCGAAGGGAUUCCUCCUGCAGAGGUUGAAUGGCUGAAGAAUGAAGAGAUUUUGGACCCUGAAGUAGACUCCAACAUUUUAAUUGGUUCAGACAAUAGCCUUCUUCUGAGACAAGCUCGCCUGGGAGAUACUGGGAAUUACACAUGUGUGGCCAAGAAUAUAGUAGCACGAAGAAGAAGUAAUUCGGCUGCCAUCACUGUAUAUGUCAAUGGAGGAUGGUCAUCAUGGGCAGACUGGUCCCCCUGUAGCACCACCUGUGGAAGGGGGUGGCAAAAAAGGAGUCGAAGCUGCACCAAUCCCACACCCCUAAAUGGAGGAUCCUUCUGUGAAGGGCAAAAUAUACAGAAAACUGCCUGUACUACAUUAUGCCCAGUGAGCGGAGGAUGGGCAGAGUGGAGUUACUGGUCUGCUUGUGCGUCAGACUGCACUCACUGGAGAAGCAGAGAAUGUACUCAGCCUGCCCCAAGGAACGGGGGCCCACAGUGCCAGGGACAAGACACAGAGACCCGCAACUGCACCAGCGAACUCUGCAUUAACACCCUAAUCAUGCCUUUCAACACUGUAAAGUCAAACAUAGCUGUAGGUGCCCCAGAGGAUGUGGCUCUGUACGUUGGCGUCGUUGCAGUGGCUGUGUUUGUAGUUCUACUGCUGGCAGUGAUACUGGUGUGUUGGCGCAGGAAGGAAGGACUGGAUGCCGACGUGGCAGAUUCUUCCAUCCUCACAGCUGCCUUUCAGCCCGUCAGUCUCAAACCCGGAAAAGCAGGUCAGGCUCAUUUAUUGACAAUUCAGCCUGAUCUCAGCACAGCCACCAUGACCUAUCAGGGAUCCCUGUGCCUUCGACAGGAUGGUGGCAACAAGUUCCAGCUUACCAAUGGACACCUCCUAUCCCCUAUGGGCCCUGGGAUACCAAGGGAGCACAGCCACACUUUACCCCACCUCUCCACGCAGAGCUACUACCGCACGCUGCCCCGUGGAAGCAACAAUAUGGCAUACGGCACAUUUAAUUUUCUUGGUGGACGUUUGAGAAUCCCAAAUACAGGCCUAAGUCUGCUCAUACCUCCCGAUGCAAUUCCCCGGGGAAAGAUCUAUGAAAUCUACCUUACCUUGCACAAACAAGAGGAUGUGAGGUUACCUCUAGCUGGCUGCCAGACACUCUUGGGCCCCAUCAUUAGCUGUGGCCCCCCUGGAGUCCUACUCACCCAGCCUGUCAUCCUGGUAAUGGAUCACUGUGUGGAACCCAGCCUGGAGAACUGGACUGUGCGUCUGAAGAAGCAGUCAUGUGAAGGAAGCUGGGAGGAUGUCUUGCAGCUUGAUGGAGGAAGCCCAUCACACUUCUAUUAUUGUCACAUGGAAUCCUGCAGAUGUUACCUAUUCACUGAACAGCUGGGACGCUUUGCUCUGGUAGGAGAGUCGCUCAGCAUGUCGGCCACAAAGCGCCUGAAACUGCUGCUCUUUGCCCCACCUUGCUGCACAACUCUGGAGUACAGCAUGAGAGUGUAUUGCAUCAACGACACACAGGAUGCCAUAAAGGAAGUAAUCCAUCAUGAAAAGCAGCAGGGAGGGAAACUGAUGGACGAGCCACGCCUGUUGCAUUUUAAAGACAGUUACCACAACCUACGCCUUUCUGUACAUGAUAUGCACAGCACUGAGUGGAAAAGCAAACUCCUGGCCAGCUACCAGGAAAUCCCAUUCUAUCAUAUCUGGAACGGGUUGCAUCAGAACCUUCACUGCACCUUCACACUGGAGCGCUUCAGUCUCAGCACUUGGGAGCUCUCCUGCAGGAUCUGGAUGUGGCAAGUGGAAGGAGAUGGCCAAAGCUUCAAUAUCAAUGUCAACCUUAGUAAGGAACAUCGGCCGUCAGAAAUCAUCUUGGAAGAAGGAGAGAAAGAAGCGGCAGCAUUGGUGGGACCCAGCGCUUUCAAGAUUCCCUUUCUGAUGCGGCAAAAGAUAAUAACAAGCUUAGAUGAACCGUCCUCUCAUGGCGCAGACUGGAGAAUAUUAGCCCAGAAACUAAAUCUGGACAGCCAUUUGGGUUUCUUCAUUUCCAAGUCAAGCCCAACUGCCAUCCUGCUGAACUUUUGGGAGGCCCAGAACUUUCCAAAUGGAAACCUGACCCAACUUGCAGCUCUUGUAGCGGAUAUUGGCAAGCAAGACUCUCUCUUAUACAUGAUGUCAGAAGCUGAAUGCUGAAGGUGCAUUUAUCACCCAUUCUUUCCCAGCAGGUCCCAUGUCCAGCCUCUUUCUUGGCCAGGGACCACAUUUACCACUAAAAGGCUUAGGCAUGUGGACUCUAUACCUUAGGAUGUCCCCACCUCAGCAGGAGGAAGGGGCACCGGACAUCUAGAAUGAUGUUCUCAUAUGUUUGUUAAUGUCUGAAUCCCUAAACAAAUUAAAGGAUUAAUGAGACAUUAAGCUCCUUUAUGCAGAGCCAGAUCUUCGGGGAGCAAGACAUGUUUUGUAUGCAACCAAAUAAGUGAAAUCAGUAAUGAUGCUCAACCUUAAAGCAAGGCAAGGGAGUGUGCUCAUAAUGUCACACCUGCAAUUCAAAGCCUUUGUCUCUAUAUGAUCUACAUGACAUUACAGCCUUUUGGAAGAAAUUAAUCAAGCCUCCAGCAAUUGUACAUUGCAUCCCUUUUGUGCAGGCAGCGGCCAAUUUAUACUCUUUGUGCUCCAGGAUUAAAUCAAUACACAUUGCUGGUUUUCAGCAUCCAAACAGAAAAAAAGAAAAAUGCCCUCAAAUAUACUUGUCGUUCCAAAUCAAAUGUCUUGUUUGCUGCCUUGUCAAGUGAAGGUGAGACAGUGCCACCCAGUGUUUGUGCUGUUCAUUUGUAACCAACACCCAUAAACCAAGUUAGUGAAGAAAGAUGCAUUGUAGUUCAACUGUAACCCAUUGGAACAUAUCACCUAACUUAAUAGCCAUAAGGACAUGGAAGGGCAAGUGCGCUGUCACUUUUUACUUUACCAUAUAUCAAGGGAUAUAUAUAUAUAUAAUAUAUAGAUAUAAAAAGUUUUAAACGCCACAUUUUAUUGGCCCUUUCACUCCCUAAAGCCAGCUGUAUAUGCAAAUAAGGACCACUCCCUGCUCUAGGAGUGAGCGAAUGAGUGCGCGUGAUUGUGAAGGUGUGCGCACAAGUGUUUUCUUAAUUUGAGACCAAGACCAAUUAUUUGAGAUAUUAAAACCGUGUGUAAUAACCAGUGUUUUUUUCUACAUUCUGUAUUAAAGUGCAUUCAAGUAUUUACACUUGGCCUUAUGUAUAUAUUCUGUUCAUUCCGCUGAAGGUGUAUAGUACUUUUAGGUGACUUGAAUGUAAAUAAAUUAUAUAUAUUGCUAAA